AUGCGCCAAUCUCUCCGCCGGUCCUGUGCGGCAUGUGCCAAAUCAAAGUCCAGCUGCGAUCUCCGAACGCCGCGCUGUUCCCGCUGCGUCAAGCGUCAAGUCGAGUGCGCCUAUGCAAACGAACCCUCGCCGGGGCCGGCAACUCCCGGGUGGCAGAAUGGGGCAUCAAAAAACCCACUGGAUGGAUCUGGCACUUUAACUAACUAUAGAUUCGGGUCUCUUGAUCCAUUUGAUUCGUAUCCACAGACUAGACUUCCCCGGGAACACGUUCAACGUCUGAUCUACGGCUUCCUCCACAAAAUCGCCUUCCAAUACUACCCUCUUGACAUGAAUGCGACUUCAAAUCCCUUUCUGAUAUCCUGGUGGCCACUUGCCCUAGGGGAUCCUGCACUAUUUCACGUUUCUCUACAAACGGCAUGUCUUGACGAAGAGUUGUUGGCUCAGAAAGGCUUUCAGACCUCCGAACUUCUCAUGGCAGACUCGGUGGCGUUACUGCGACGCAAGGUUGAUCAUAUGUCGCUAGCUGUUCAAGAUGGGACUAUGAACUCAGUCAUCACCUUGGCAACCAUCGAGUUCGGCAAAGGCAAUAUAAAAGUUGGCGAAAUGCAUGUUAGCGGAUUGAAAAAGCUGGUCGAUAUGAGAGGUGGUAUCAACGCAGUAAGGCAGACAAGCCCGCUUACCGCGAGAAUGGUCAGCUGGGUAUCGAUGCUCAUCAUGGGUCACCCUCAAUUCGAGACACAAGAUGACUUCGGCAUUGGAGAUGGCAUCCCUCCUAUCCCGGAAUGGCAGUUCGACUCGACCGCGGUUGACGACCAGCUAUUUCAUCUCAGCACUAUUGAAGUGGACGAUUCUGUCAAGAAUGUCUUCAAUCGUCUGCGCAACAUCUUCCAGCGAGCAGGCAAUAUACUUUUCCCAGCCACACAACUUCACGACCUUACCUGUUUUGUCAUACACCGACUCCUACUCUCCGCUCCAGCUACGACAACACCUCCGCUCUCACGGAUGACGGAAUCCAUUCGUUACGGAAUCGUACUAUACAUGUUCAUCGCUCAGGGACCAACAUAUUACUCGCAUGCAGUCAUACUGAAUACGAUUCUCAUUCGAUUUAUGGAGCACCUCGAGAAGUCAACGCCUCGUAUCUAUGAUUCACUUGACGUCUGGUUUUGUGCCGUCGGGAUGGUGGCUUCAUCUGGCACGGCUCAUCACCGGUGGUUUAUGAACAGGGCACGAGAUAUAGCUGCUGCUCUACAACUGGCCAACUUUAGUGACACACUCGUCCACAUCAAAACUGUGUUGUGGUUGGAAAAACCGCAGAGUGAAGAUCUCUUUCGAUCUCAUUGGGAUACUAUCUUCAAUCUUGCGGAUCAAUUGGCACUAUCAGACCUCUCGGGGUCGGUCUCGCCAUAUAGCAGUAGCGUGGAAUUUAUAUGA